GUAUAUGCCGUGCGACCAUUUGUAGGAAAAAAGAAAACUGUAAGGCCUGUAACGUACACACAUACCCUCUGGUUUCUGCAACAACAACAAAAAAAACCACAUUCGUUCUUAAUACACAUUCGGCCCACCCUCGCCCGAACUCAUCGGAAGGAUAUCCCUUUGCCGUUGUUUGUUCAUUCGCCUACUCCCCGUCUGUCGCUAUCGAUUUACAUCACCACCACCACCACCACCACCACCACCAACAACAACAACAACACGAGCAGGAACAGCACGAACCCAUGGCCCCCGUUCCUACUACGACGGCUAGGCAGAGCCUCGCCCACGCCGGCGCCGUUGCCUCACACCUCUGGAAGCGUGCUGCCGUCGUCGUCCUCCCCGAGGUCGCCCGCGCAACCACCUCCCACGCACUCGCGCGCCGCAACCUGACCGUCAACCACACCCAGGGUGUCACUUUGGGAAUCAUCGGCGCCUACGCCGUCAUUAUCGCCAUCCUCUGGAACGUCCCCUUCCUCCGCCAGGUCCUGUGGCCCUUCAAGAUGCUCGUCAUCGCCUUCCACGAGUUCGGCCACGCCAUCACCGCCUGCUGCACCGGAGGCAAAGUGCUGUCCAUCACCCUCGACCCCAACGAGGGUGGCGCCACCCUCAUGAAAGGCGGCAAGCAGGCCAUCACACUCCCGGCUGGUUACUUGGGCUCUUCGCUCAUCGGUGGCCUACUCAUUUUCUGCGGGUUCAACAUCAACGCGUCAAAGAUCGCCUCCAUGGUACUGGGCGUCUGCUUUCUGUUGACCCUGUGGUGGGGUAAGAAGGACUGGCUCACCAUUCUCACUGUACUACUCGCGGUCGGCCUGCUGAUUGCGGCCUGGUUCAUCUCACACGCUCAAGCGCUGAGAUUCGUCGUUCUCUUCAUCGGUGUCAUGAGCUCCCUCUACUCAGUCUGGGAUAUCUGUGACGACCUCAUUAUGCGCAAGGUCAACAGCUCCGAUGCCAGCGUCUUCGCCCAGCGUUACGGUGGCUCCUCUCGUUGCUGGGGCCUUAUCUGGUCCGUCAUCAGCGUUUGCCUAAUGGCCAUCGCCAUCGUUGCGGGCCUCGCCGCCUUCCCACAGUCCUUCGCCGAACAGGAGAAUGAUUCCAAGAACUUUCUGCCCACAAGAUGAUUUCUGCCUGGAGCGAGAGACGUUCAAGCCACUGGCUCAUAAAGAGUGCCGUGUCAUAUUUACCGGCAUCAUUACACUCGAACCCUUUCCCCUCCCAAACAGAUAUCGAGGCAUCGAUAUUUGGUCACGAAGAACGAUAACGAAGGAUAUCCACGGGCGCCUCGCAUCGUGUCCUUGUGAUAGCAGGCUCGUUUUAUUUUUUCUCCCGACAAUCUGUCGGUGAUUCCGGUCUCGUCCGCGAAGGGCCAACCUUGUGGGUACAAUACAGUAUGUGUCACCCGCCCACAUUCUGAUCUACAGGCCGUGGGUCGCAGGUGGAGACGCGGCGGCGGUGCCGUGUUUAGUCGGAUCUAUUCGGCGGGUUUCGACGACGACGACGACGACAAUUCUUGGAAUAGAAUUGACUGCUGCUGGAUCAAGGCUGCGACUGAGCAACGGCGAAGGUUGCCUUCGCAUAGCAAAGGAUUUGAAACGGCAGCGUAAUUGGUCUAGCACACCCGCACUCCGUCUUCGUCAGUUUGCCAGUCACGGGCCAGUCCCAAGGCAAUUCGAUACCACAUUUCGCCGAUGGCAUUUCGGGAGAGUCUUUUGUAUAGGGCUAUGAAUAUGAUAUUUAAUGAGGCACAUUUGUAGAUGAGGCACAUUUGUAGAUGAGGCACAUUUGUAGAUGAGCACACUGGCUUUUAAGGCUUGAGGAUAAGCAGUAGCUUUACGAUUUGGUCCUAGAAGCAGUAUAUGAGCAUGAUGGUCAUGACUAAGUCAAGAAGUAGCCAUUCAAGAGCAAGUACGUUGAGCCCGUU